AUGUCGGGCGAUCUUGAUGCGGCGCUGUGUACAGAUGACAAUGAUGCUAAGUUGCCGCGCUACUAUUUUCCUUUCACUCAUUUUGGUCAGCUGACAGCUAUCAAAGCAGCUUUGAAUGAAGUGUCAGAUUGGAUUGCGACUAGUCUACGAGGACUCGCUGAGCACGAGCAGCUCACCGAUGAUUUGAAUAUCUCUCUUAAAAGUUGCCACAUUAUCAUUUUAUUGACUGUGCCAAAAGUUGACCAUUUACCUUCGAUUCCGGAGACACUGUACUCGACUUAUACAGCUGUUCAAAGAUCAGACUCGAUAGAGGCAACGAAAAAGGCGAAGCUCGGCCCAAAGGCGUUCAAUAUUAAACUUUUAACCGAUGUAAGGAGGCUAUGGGUGAAACAAAAGUCAUUUGACAGCGCGGAAUAUCCCCAAAAGUCCUGCCAAUACCAUAGCGAUGACCCUAAAGCCACCCAACUUUUCGAUGACUUGACCCUAUUUGUUCAACUGCCAGAGCUCGACCUUGGCUAG